UGUAUGUGUGAACAAGUGGAAACAGAUCUCUGCAACUCUGCCUUGCCCCAGAAAUUAGUAUUUUUGUUUUUAAAAAAUGAACUUUGAGGCCCUUCCAGUGAAGAUUCACUGUGCUUUCAAUUUUUGUCUUUUUUAAUUAAAUAAUACAUAAAUUUAGAGAAACUCUCCAACAUGUUCUUCAAACAACCGUGCUCUGUUUUUGAAGCUAGAACCUUUCAUCUUUGAGUCUCAUUUCUGUCUUGUUCCAAGUUUCGAGACCAAGCUGAUGUGAGUUUAAAAGCUUCAAGCUUACAUAAGCGUGAGUUCAUGUUCGAGAAUUGUAGAAAAGAGCUGUCUUGAGGGAAGCACCAGAUGGCUGUUUAAUAUUUUGAAGACCAGAAGAGAAAGAGUGAAUAGUGGUAGUCAAUAGUGCACAGGUCGAAGUUAAUUUCCCAGAAGAUAGGUGAAGUCGUUUUAGCGCGUUUUCUCUUGCAGUCAACGCGUUUCAAAUUUCUUUCGGCGGUCAAGCUCACAUAUUUCAUUUUGAAAAGCUACCUUCCUUGCUUGGUUCUGUAUUAAAAGAGUGAAAUUUUUGGUGGGUUUAGAGGAAAAAUAGUGUUUUCUCUUAGUAGUGUUUGCUUAAAAUGGAAGAGGAUAAUAAAAACGAUAUGCGUUCAUUGGCUUUAACGCCAACAUGGUCUGUUGCUACGGUGCUGACCAUCUUUGUUGUUGUUUCUUUGCUUGUGGAGCGCUCAAUCCACCGCCUUAGCAAUUGGCUGCAGAAAACUAAUCGAAAGCCUUUACUUUCAGCUGUGGAGAAAAUGAAAGAAGAGAUGAUGCUGCUUGGAUUCAUUUCACUUCUUUUGGCGGCCAGUUCAAGCACAAUAGCAAAUAUCUGCAUUCCAUCAAAGUUUUAUGAUAGUCCAUUUGCUCCAUGCUUCAGGGCUGAGAUAGAUAAAGAAACUGAAGAUAUAUCUUUUGACGGCCGUAAACUGUUGAUGAGUUUUCUUUUUCCUCAUCCAUUUCGGAGAAUUUUGAAUGGGUUAAAUCAGAACACCUGCAAAGAGGGGCACGAGCCAUUUGUUUCAUAUGAAGGUCUUGAGCAAUUGCACCGCUUCAUCUUCGUCAUGGCAGUCACACAUGUAUCUUACAGCUGCUUAACUAUGUUGUUGGCAAUUGUGAAGAUUCACAGUUGGAAAGUUUUUGAGGAAGAGGCUCAUAUGGAUCAGCAUGAUUGUUUAAAUGAAAUCAGAGAUUUGACAUUGCGUAGGCAAACAGCCUUUGUCAGAUAUCAUACAUCAAAUCCUUUUGUCAGGAAUGGUUUACUUAUCUGGGUGACCUGCUUCUUCCGGCAAUUGGGGCGUUCAGUGGUUCGUGCUGAUUACCUUACUCUUCGCAAGGGCUUCAUUAUGAAUCACAACCUCAGUCCAAAAUAUGAUUUUCACAGCUAUAUGAUUCGCUCUAUGGAAGAAGAAUUUCAAAGGAUAGUUGGUGUGAGCGCCCCCCUGUGGGGUUUUGUUGUUGCUUUCAUGCUGCUCAAUGUUAAAGGGUCUAAUCUCUAUUUUUGGAUUGCCAUCACUCCUAUCACUCUUGUUCUCCUUGUGGGCACAAAGCUGCAGCAUGUUAUUGCGACCUUGGCAUUGGAGAAUGCUGGCAUAACCGGAUUCUUUCCCAGAGCAAAGCUGAAACCAAGAGAUGAACUUUUCUGGUUCAACAAGCCAGAACUAUUGUUGUCCUUGAUUCAUUUCAUUCUCUUCCAGAAUGCAUUUGAGCUGGCUUCAUUUUUCUGGUUUUGGUGGCAGUUUGGCUAUAAUUCAUGCUUUAUUCAGGACCAUUUGUUGGUCUACUCACGGCUUAUUUUGGGACUUGCGGGGCAGUUCUUCUGCAGCUACAGCACCCUGCCUCUCUAUGCAUUGGUUACACAGAUGGGAACAAACUACAAGGCGGCAUUGAUUCCGCAGAGAAUCAGGGAGACAAUUCAUGGAUGGAAGAAUUCAGCUAGGAGGAAGCGAAGGCAGAGUCUUUUCCUCGAUGAUUCAACUAUACAUACUGACAGAAGCACAGUAAUGUCGUUAGAGGAAUGCGAUCAUCAAUUGAUCGAUAUACCUGAAACUGCCAAUGGGACCGGGAUUGAAAUUGAGUUACAACCACACAACGAUUCUGCAAUGCCCCCAGUUGCAAAUGAGACAUCAAACAGAAUGAGCACACCUCUCCUUCGACCCUCCGCAUCUAUUUCUUCAACAAACACACCUCCAGAUUUUCUAACCAAAGGUAUUUCAAGAUCAUACUCCAUGCCUACUAGAAGAGAAUGAUACAAUAUUUGUGUUCUUAAGCUUUAAACUCAACCGGGAAAGCAGCAGGCAUAGAGAAAGUAAAAAGAUUGAAAUAGCUUAUUCUAAUGCACUCAACAAUUUUCCUCUCUCCCGCUUUCCCUUAGAAUACUCAUAGGAUGUAAGCUGUAAGUACAAUCUUGCAAAUACUGAAUUGUAACAUGUAGUGUUAAUUAUAUAGAUUCUUAGAUUUGUUUAUCA